AUGGUGCACGUGGAGCGAUCGGCGCACCAGGGCACAUGGAUAUGCUGCGUGCCCUGUUACUGGCUGCGACGGAGCAAGGCCGUGCACAAGGCGCUGCUCACCUUCGCUAUGAUGCUGGUCACCAGCCUGCUGGUCACCAGCCCGGUGCUCUUCCUUAUCACGACCUUGCCGGAGGGAGAGCAGCCGCGCAAAUGUGCGCCAUUGGAUGAAGCCUGCGUCAGGGAGCGAGACGGGCCCGAGGGUGUUUGCGACACGGACAUUUGCGUGGAGGCCUCGAAGAGAAUCCUAACGUCGAUGAAACGCGGCGUCGAUCCUUGCAAGGAUUUUUACAGGUUCGCCUGCGGCGGUUUCCGCGAUCGGCAGCCCUACCAGCCGAGCGCGAGCUUCAACAUGCUCCAGACGCAAAUCGACGAGCGUAUACACAAAACGCUGACAAACGAGACGGGGCAAAUGGUCGUUGCCUUCGAGAAGCUUGGGCAGUUUUACGAUGCCUGUCGGGACUUUAAGAGGAAACCCGUAAAUUUUACACCAGUUUACGAGCUAUUGGACGAACUCGGCGGCUAUCUACCACCGAAAAGCGUGGUGCCGGACGACAUCACCCCUCUAAUCUCCGCAUUGCUGAAAGUAAACGGCGCUCCCCUCUUCGACUUAUACGUCGACGUAGAUCUUUACGAUCGCACAAAGUCAUCCGUAUAUCUUGAUUUUCCUGCCAAGCACGAGAAUUAUGAGUUUCUCGCAGAGGACCAGAAAAACAGAGACGUACAAAGAUCGCGUAGAAUUCGAGAGAUUGUCCGAGGAUUCUUGCCAAAAGAUAUGGAUCCCGAGGAGCAAUCGUCGGAGACGGAUCUGCUUUUGCAGUUUUGCUUAUCGCUCGAGAAGAUUUAUCCGAAGCACAAAGACUUGUACAAUUGGGUGGACGUGGAACAGCGGGUAUACGUCGCUUACAACGUCACUUAUCUCCAGGAAAACUUUGGUUACAUAAGAUGGAGAUCGCUGCUGAACGCUACGUUACGCUACCGCGCGAACGGCGACGUCGAGCUGCACGACGACGAUAAUAACGACACGAAUCGCGUGCAACGACCGCCGACAUACGUCGCAUCCGAGGACCAGCAAAUUUACGUCUACAUCACGGCACCACGUUACUUUCGCAGCCUUGGCAAGCUACUGAGUCGCUCCUCCAGACGGAUUAUUCAUAACGGAUUGCUGUUGCUCUACGCGACGGACACGUUGCACGACAUCGCGAACGUCACCGCCGUCAAGGACUGGGAAGCCUCCUGCUACAGACUGACCAGACGCGUCUUCGCCGAGGCGGUCAGUGCGCUCUACGUGCGGCAGUACGCUCCAAAGUACUUAGACACUCUGGUCAACAGGGUGACCGCGCUGUUCGAACGCGUGAAGGAAACAAUAGCCGAGCGUGUGUUAGUGAAGUCGUGGCUAGAUGACGAGACCAGGACGCAAGCGUUGCAGAAGCUGAAUUCCUUACGGGGCCGGUUUCACGUGUCGCCGGAUUUCUACAACGACAGCUUGCUGGCACGCGAGAUGGCCGAGGUCGUAAUCGACUCGGAUGACUUUAUCGCCACCGUUCUGAGGAGGUUCCGUCAGCUUCGCGAAUCAGAGGACCGGAGCCCGUUACGAAAAAACGCAAUAAUAAGACGUCACUACCCUUACUCCGUGCACGCCUAUUACGAAUCCUCGACAAACACCAUUGGAAUCCCGUUGGCGAUAAUGACAUCCUGGGCAUGGUCGUGGGACGGUGGACCGGCUUUCGCGGUACACUCUACGCUAGGAUCGGUCAUCGCCCACGAGAUCCUCCAUGCCUUCGACUUUCAUCAUCGUAGACUGCCCGUGGAGCCGGCACGGAACGUCGACGAGUGGCUUCGCGUCACGCCGGACUCCUGGAAACGACUGGAGACCAGGAUAGAGUGCGUCGCGCGACUCUACGCCCGGAGCUUCUGGCGGAAGGUCCAGUCUUACGGGAACGACGUGCAGUUGGAUUGGAAUAUAACGAAGAACGAAAACGUCGCGGAUAUCGGUGCUCUGCAAAUCGCCCACAAGACCUGGCACACUUUGACAAACGGGAAGGAUCGGAGCCUCCCAGGGUUGGAGGGACUCCGUUCGAGUCAGCUCUUCUUCAUAAGUGCCGCACAGGUACACUGUGUUAAUACAACUCUCGAGGCCUUCGUUUUCUCCAUUGAAUUAGACUAUCGUGCUCCUCAUCCUGAAAGAGUCAACAAUGUAAUGAUGAAUUCUCAGGCGUUCGUAGAUGCGUUUCGCUGUCCACUCGGAGCGAAAAUGAACCCCCCGAAUAAAUGCACUGUUUGGUGAUCGUACGCAUUCGUCGGAUAUACGAAAUAUAUAAGUAUGUCGAGAUUUGUAUAGCAGGCUGCCACUUCGCUUUAUUUUACUUCGCAACUACAAUAUCGUAAAGAUCACUUCGGCAUCAUCGUAGUGAAAAUUAAUGCUACAGGGAUAGACAUUUACUCCUUUACGCAAAAACUAAACUAAUAACGACUUAAUUCAUUAAAGACCAUAAUUGCAAUACAAAUUUAAUCACGAAUUUUCUUCUUUCGAAAGAGGUAUCAGCUUUAAUACUAAACUCAUUCAAUAAUUCUUAUUGAUCUUACGCUUAAAUAAUCGCAUUCUCUUCUUGAAAUCUUGCCUUAUAAAUUAGAUUUAAGAUAAAAGAGAAUAAAGUCUUUUGGCACUCGUUCAUUACUUAAAUAUUUGACGGACGUAAAAAUGUAAGUACAAGUCAAGUAAAUUCUAAAAUAAAAUAUGUCGUUAUUAAUAAAAUUUAUUUUUAAAAAGAUAAAAAA